CACUAAAGAAAAGAAAUUUCAUUUACUUAGAAUAUUUGUUUUGAUUAUGUAUGGCUCUAAUUAUGGGAAUUUCUUAGGAAGUACCGACCGCCUUUCUCUAUCGCUCGAAAAUAUUAUCAAAUAAGUCAUUCGCGUGGCCUGUGGUACUGAACAAAUCUCGGAAGUAUUUUAGUUGCUUGGCAGCCGUUAACUCGGAAUAAUGAAUUUCGCAGUUUAUUUUGCUGUUUUAUCAUGGAUGCUGGCUAAUCAGGGAUUGGCGCAGCUUCUUGACGAGAACUGUGCCGAAGUUUCACGUCUUUCUACAGAUUUGAGAUUUAGUAGACCGUGGAUGGCACUGGUCUUAAUGCCUAAUAAAACCUGUAGUGGCGCCCUGAUUCACAAGUAUUUUGUGAUAACAUCAGCAAGCUGUGUAUUCAAUCAAGAGAGAACCAUCGUCCGCUUGGGGCAGUGGAGCAUUAAACAAAAGCAUAGUAUUAGAUAUCGCAUUGAUGAAUACCAGGUGCAAAGUUCCUACAUUCAUAGGUUCUAUGACAAAAGCAAUUUCGGGCAUGACGUUGCUUUGCUUGAACUUCAGAACGAAGUGCUUUAUAAGGCCCACAUACGUCCAAUUUGCCUGUGGUUAGACAAAUUUGAUAUCGACACACAAAAGAUUGAAAGGUUUCAAACAUUCCGCUGGGGUAUAGAGGAGAAGUUUAUUUUGCCGGCGGCCAAGACAAGAAAAAUGGAACACAUCAGAAAAGUCAACUGCGAAAAUGCCUUUAAAUUUUAUCCGCAGAGUUCGCAUAUCUGUGCCAGCUUCGAGAACAAAAGAAACUGCGUGGAAACAGGAAGUCCGUUGUUUAAUAAGAUACGCUAUCACAAAAACACUCGUUACAAUCUUUUCGGAAUUCAGAGUUAUGGCGAAUCGGGAACGUGUUUAUACACCGAUGUCACAAAAUACAUGGACUGGAUAAUGGGAAUCAUUCUUAAUGUUGAUGUGAUAGUUUCGAAUGGGAAAAAUACCUACGCUUAAGAUUCUUUAAUAAACACAAAAAAUAUAAUCAAGGAAACUUAUAAACGUUCUUUCCAAAAUGUAA